UUCAGACAUGUUUUAGAACUUUGGAAAAAAGUUUAUGAAGUAUUAAUGCGCGUUGCGUAUUUAUUAUGUAGGUGUUCUUUGGUCACAGUAACAAGAUUAUUUUAGGCCGAGCGGAAAAUUUGAAGAUUUCGACAAUAAAAGUGCUUUUACAGCCAAUAUUUGUGUUUUGAUUUGAAUAUAUUGUUUUUACUGUACUUUUAUAGUGUUGAGUCAUCCGUUGGUCUUCUCAAAUCAAAGGAUACGCAAACAGGAGGAAGGAAAUCAGUUGUGAAUGUUAUCAAAACAUUGGAUUUUUUUCAAUACAAAACCCAAAAUAAAAUCCAUUGAAUGAAUUGAUUUAAAUCAAAUCAGUUUGUAGAAGGUCCCUUGGCAUGGGAUUAUAGUAUAGGACCCACUGAAGUUUGGAUUACAUACUGGUCUGGAGCAAUGGCUUCCAAGUGUCGCAAGUUUGAAGCGAACAUAUUCAACAAGAAUAAAUGUCAAAAUUGUUUUCAUCCCAAGGAGCAACAUUCUGCAGAAGCGCUAGAAUCAAAUAGGGCAACACGUAAGAUUUCUAAAUGUGGCUACUUGUUCAUCUCUCCCGACUAUGACUUCAAGAAUCCGCUACAGAGAACUCGGCGGUGGCAGCGGCGGUUCUUUGUGCUGUAUGAUGAUGGAGAGUUGACCUACUCGGUGGAUGACAAUGUGGGAACAGUACCCCAAGGAACACUGGACAUGAACAAAUGCACAGAUGUAUAUGAUGCAGAGGAUGCGACCACUCAUGACUUCUCUGUGGCUAUACAGCUACCACAGAAGAUAUACUAUGUGAAAGGCACUGCUAAAGAAGAAAUACAAAGAUGGCAUGAUGUGUUGGUGAUGUAUCCAAAGAGCAACAAGACAAAAACCAAGCGAGCUCCGGUUAUUCCACAAAACUCCAAACCAAAGGUCACUCUCGGCGAAGUCGAUAAGCCGAAGCCACAACAUGCUGCGCCAUCUGUAGUCAACCCCCAGUCAGCAUUACGCAACACAAAGACGCAAUACGCCCGUGAGUUCAGAGAUCGUUCUAGAUAUCACACUUCAUAUAUACCUCCUACCCAAAGCAUUAUUAAACCUACACCCAAAGAUCCAAGCAUCUUUGACAGCAUUAGCCCAGAGACUGAGUACAAAUACAAGCCUAGGAAUAUCAAUGAUACCACAAAUAUAAACAAUUCUAACCUCGUUAGAAGUAAAAGUGAUGAAGAACUUGUUGAUAGUGUAGAAGAAGAUAAAGAUAAAUAUGUUAAAACAUAUCGUGGAAUACGAGGACUAAAACAUAAGUCGGAUAAAACAUAUCAAGAAGGGCUGAAGAAAAGUAACAGUUUGGGCAAUAUCCCAAUUGAAGGGGAGGACCAAAAUAAUGGGAAUAACACUGAUUGGUUGUUUUCUGCAUUAAAUUCAUACUCGACUAAUCAAAAUUAUUCUAAACCAGAGACAGUGUCUCGGAAUAAUUCAGAUAGAAACUCUGACUUUUCCAGUAGACAGAGGGCUUAUUCCUCUGUGGAUGGAUAUUCAAAUAGUUCUAGUCAAAGCAAUAACCGAAUUACACCUGGUCUGAGGCGUAAUGAAAGGACUACUCACAUAGAAAUACAGGAUAAAUAUCCCUACAUCUACAGACCUGAGGAAUCUGGUGAGUCUGAUCUUGAUACUGAAUCAGGUGAGGAGUAUACAGACGAGGAAUCAGUAGACGAAGAAGAAACAUCAGAGGAAGAAUCUGAGGGAGAAUUAAUCAUGUCAGGAGAAGGAAGCCCUAAAACACUUUAUGAGACACUUAAUGAUGAGAAGGAUAAACCAAAGAAGAAAGUGCUCAAAUCACGAGGAUCUGCAUAUAAAGAAUUUGCAGGUUUGGGUCUGCAACCAAAGGCUAAACAUUUGGAAAAGUUUGAGCCAAAAAACCAAACAUCUGCUGAAGUUAAACCAAGGACUGUAAAAACGGACACCCCUCUAUCUGCCAGAGUGAGGCCAUUCAGUAUCACAAGUACCAGUGAUGGAAGUCCAAGUAGUGUUAGUCCUGAGAGGAAGUUAACAGCCACUGAAAGGUUAUUUGGUUCCAAGAGUUCAGCAGGGUCAGAGGUCAACAAUGGGGUCAGGAGCAGUAAUGAAACAGAUGAACUUAAGAUGGCCAAAUCUUCAGAAUCUUCAAGGACUUCAGAUAUAUCUCCCGAACCUUCAGAUAAAAGUGAUGAAUCCAUGUAUGUGAAGAAAGGUUGGCUUGUUAAACAGGGGGCAUCAUCUGGGGAAUGGAAGAAACAUUGGUUCGUUCUCAGCGGCACGGCUUUACGGUAUUACAGUGACGCACGUGCUGAGGAAUCUGGCCAAUUAGAUGGCAGGAUUGAUUUAACUGCCUGUCAGGAAGUGGCUGAGGUUGCUGUCAAUAGAAAUUAUGGCUUCAAGUUGAAGACUCAGAAUGGGGAAUACACGUUGUCUGCUAUGACAUCAGGUAUCAGGAACAACUGGAUUCAAGCAAUCGCUAAAUGUGUGGAGUCUAAUGGCUCAGCUUCUCCCCUGAUCACAUUCCUGCCCACAGAAACCAGGAGAGCAACUGACAAUGGUGAAAAACUUAAUGGAGAUAAGCACAAGGAUACCCCGAAAAAAGUUCCACCAAAGACUCUACCGAAAACACGUAGCUCAUAUCAUGAUCCUGAAAGCUCAGUUAGUGAGGAUGAUCGGGAGGAAGCUAAGGCAAUUCAGAGAAAUGCCAGGAUGUUAAGUCGAACAGCUUCAGGAAGUGGCGAUAAUCCAAGAUCAUCUAGAUCUAUUUUGGAUCGAUGGAGUGGCACAUCAUCUAAUGAAUCAUCAGGGUCAAGGUCAAGAAAUUCCCCUGUGCCAUUUGGUGAUAAAGGAUCAGCAUCUUCUCAGCUACGCUCUCCUUUAGAGUCACGUUUUCCACAACCAGUUACGAAUAAAAAUAAAAACAUCGAGCAAGGUUCAAUUUUCUCAAGGGGUCCUAUAAGAGGUGAUGAUGAUGAUGAUGUCCCUAGUGAAGUAAAACUUGAGGCUUUCAGUCCACAAGAUAAACAAACUGUUAAACAACUGACAGAUGAUGUUCGUAGAUCGAGUCGUGCCUCUGGAAGUGUCAGUUCAGAGACAUCCACCCCUGAGAUAAGACCAAAAAAUCUCAGCCAAAAAGAUGUUGAGGAAAUCGCUAAAUUAGAAAAACAAGCUCAUAUGAGACCACAGAAAUCUAUAAAACCUAUAAAGUCUGUAUCAAAUGAAGUAUCCCCCUCAGAACUCAAAGCCAGAGAGUUGUACGAAGAACGCCAAAGGGAGAUUGAGCAGGUGCGUGAAAUAGCACAGCGGAAUUCUUCCGCAGAUGAAGUUUUUGACUCAGAUUUAGAUUCAAAUAAAACCAGAAGUGAAGAUGAAAGGGAGGACUUGCGAGUUAUAGAAGAGCAGGCGAGAAAGGCCAGUCGAAUUGGAUAUGCUGCUCGAGACAAUUAUGGGGAUGUUGAAGAGGAUAUUAAACCAACUGUUCCCCUUAGUCCAGACAUGCUUGAUGAAGAUGAUAAAAGAAAAGUAAGCGAUGCUCAACGUGAAAUAAAACAAACCAGUCGACACAGUUCAUAUAUGGACAUGCCUUCCCCAAAACCAGAAUUCCUAUCAAAGUUUGAAUCUGGGAAGGCAUUUUUGGAAGAUGAUUGGUUUUAUAAAAAGCAUGGGGUAUCAAAAACUGCUGAUAUGGUUGAGCGGGAAAGAAAACGUACCACUUCAAGAUCAAGAACCAGUUCAACAAGUAGUACAUCCAGUUUAGGUGGUCCAUAUGACCAUGCAAGUACCACCUCCACUCCAAGUAAAACACCGGAGAAGGCCUCCCCCACUGCCUCUGUUGGCCCAAGGACAUCCACAAGUAAGACAUCAGAUGUGACACCCAGAUCAAAGUCUCCUGCACAUUCCAAGUCCCCAAGUAUCAAGGUGAAGGAGAAAGCAAGGGCAAAGUCCCCAGGACCUCCACGCUCACCACCACCUGAUCAUGAUGCAUUCUUUGCACAGUAUGACAAGCCUGGCCAGGGCAAUAAGGUCCUGAAUGAGUCAAGUUCGACACUUGAGGGUCAGCCUGGUAGUGGAGAGACCAUGUUGGUGGAACUCCUUGAUGCUGAGGUGAAAACCUUAAAGGCUCAGCUAAAAGAGGCCAGGGAAACUAUUGCUGUUAGAGAUGAGGAAAUAGGAGAGCUGAAAACUAAGCUAGAAAACUCUGUAAAAUGUCUAACAGAGACUGAAGCGUCACUACUCAGCUCAAAUUCUCAGAUACAAGAGGAAAAGGCACGUCUUAAUCGUGUCAUGGAAUCAUGGAAUGAGCGUGAACAGGAACUCAAUGAUGAUUUGAAGACAUUGAAACAACAGUGUAAUCUAAAAGACAAACUCAUCACUGAAAAAUCUGAAGAAAUCAGAGAAAUAGAAUCAGAAGUUUCAGAUAAAAAUACAAAAAUUCAAAAACUUGAGAAGGAUUUGAAAGACUUUCGAGAUCUUGAAACAGAAUUGAAUCAGACGACACUAGAGUUAAAUGAAAAGAAUGAACUGCUUGCAAAAUUCCAAGAUAAUGAUGACUCAAAAGUUCAGCAUUUAGAAGGAUUACUGAAAGCAAAAGAUAUGGAGGUCAAGAACAUUGAAAAUGAGCUCACUAUCAAAACUGCAUUGAUAAGAGACAAAGAUUUAGAAAUUGUUAACUUGAAAUAUGAAAUGGAAAAAGAAAAUCAGCAAUAUGAAGAAGAAUCAAAACUAGCAGAAGAAAGAUUGAAAAAGAUUGAAGAAGACUUCAAAAAUGAUCAGAUAUUCUUGGAAAAACAGGUUGAUUCUUUGACUGAGCAGUUAAAUAGUCUUAAAAAGCAAUCAAAUAUGACAGAUUCUUUGAACACCAAUAUGGCUGACAUUUUACAUGAAAAAGAUGAGACUAUAUCUCAACUAGAGGAGAAGAUAAUUGAAUUGGACAAAAAAGCUGAAGACCUUGUGGAAGAAAUUAAUGUUGAAUUAGAAGAAAAUUCACAUUUUCAAACAAGUCUUGAGAAAUCAGAAUCAGAAAAGAAGAAAUUAUUUGAAGACGUUGAACACCUUGAAGAGCAACUUGAAACUCUGAAAAAAGACAACAAGGAACUUGAGAAUACCAACACCAAACUUAGCCAAUAUUAUGAAGAUGUCAGGAAUGAGAAUCAACAGCUUCAGGAAUGUUUAAAUGGCGAGCGAAACUUUAAACGUGAUUUACAAAUUGAGAAAACUAAUCUGAAUGCUGAUUUAGAUAAGAAAUUGAAAAUUAUUAAUCAAUUAGAACUAAAUGUUGAGGAAAAGGAGACCACAAUAGGUAAUCUACAACAGACAAUGAAUGACUUGAGAAAAGGUGACAAUCAAGAUGUAAGGACUAGUGACAUUACAGAUCUUGAGAUAAAAUGUGAGCGCGCAGAGAAUGAGGUUAAACACCUCCGUGCAGACCUGAAGAAAGCUCAUGAAAGCCAUGAUGAGUUGGAAAUAGAGUUUGUUAAAUUGGAAAAACAAUGUAAAGGAAUCGAAAAUGAACAUAAAUCAGAGUUAAAGCUAAUGUCAGAUAGAGUGCUGGAUCUUACGAAAAAGUUGGCUGAUGCUGAAAAGACUGUUAGAAAACUGGAGCAAGGAGCUAAUACAGUGCAUGCACAGCCUAUAAUAGAAUAUACAAAUAUCUCAGAGGAACUGCACCAACAGCUGUCUCAGUUGGAAUCAAAAAUAGACAGUGUACAAGGAGUCAUUUUGACCCAGGAUUCAAAUACAACCCAGCUGCAGGAUCAGCUUGAAAAUGUUGAAAAACAGGUUGUCCAGCAUUCACUGGAGAGUAUGCCUCGUGGGGGCAAAGGUCCUUCAGUGAAACAGGACUCUGAACUAUCCAUAACUGUUGACCGUCCACAGCUCUUGUCUGAGAUACAGCAACUGAAGCAAAAGCUUUCAACAUCUGAUGAGAAGCUCAGGGAGAUAACAGGCCAGAUCAUGAGCAGAAAUGACAGUGAAGGAAAGGACAGCUCGGUUAACGAGCUUGGAAAUCACCUGAAAGAAGUUGAAUUGAAACUUUGCCAGUCACAAAGUACAAUAGAGGACUGUAGACAAAAACUCAGCAAUGUCAUAGAUGAUUUGAAUCAGUAUCCUAACAAAAUGGCUGACAUGAGUGAAGAUAACCUCGAAGUUUUAAAAUCAAAACUAACAGACAUUCUACAGGAAACUGAGACUUUAAUAGAGCAAAGAAACUCUUCGGGGGAAAAUGCUUGGACAUCGCCCACAGAGAAUACAGAUUCUAGUCAAUUACAGUUACAACAGUUUGCCAGUGUUCUUGUCAAGCAGUCUGUUGUAUUGGCUCAAGCUUCACUAGCAUCUGAAGAACAGAGCUCAUUAACAAAGUCACAAGCUGUGGAGUGGUCCAAAGCCCAAUCCAAAAUACAUUCUCUUGAAAGCACUGUUGAAAAACUCCUUGUGGAAAAUGCUAAUCAAAAAUUUGAGCUGAAUCAGCACCAGGAUGAUUUUAUGUCUGUGUAUGCAUCCCUUCUUGCAGAGAAAAUAGUCCUCCAGAGUGAGAUUAAUACAUUGGUGACUGAAGCUUCUUCUCAGGCAAGGAUGAAUGACACAGAGGUCACAAAGGAAGAUGAACACACAGUAAAUGAUUAUGCAAAUACUCUGGCUACUAAAGCUAUGAUGCAUGGAGAGGUGACUUACUUGUUGGACAGAAUGAACACAAAAUCAACAGAGACAAUGCCAGACAUCUUAGAAAGUGAAUUGGAAAAUUCACUUGAAAAAUUAAAAUCAAAAGAAGAUGAGAUUGAAGCAUUCAUUGAAAAAUUCAGAGUUGAGAAAUUAGAUGAACUGGUUACUAAUAUGGCUAGAGAAUCUUCUGAGCAAACAAUACGACACUUGUCAUCAGAAUCGCCGCAAAAGCAGAACAUGGCAGAAGUUUUAGCCUCUUUAGGAUCCUCAAUGGAUUCAAUAGAAAGUAGUGAGUCUGUCCAUCUCAGUGAUACUGAGCUAGCAGGCUAUGCGGCUGAGAUCAGGCGACAUGAGAAUGCUAAAUUAGCUAACCAAUUGGUCAAUAAGGAACUUGUUAAUGCAGAGAUGACCAUCAUAAUGCAUAAAUAUCGUGAUCGUUUUGAAUCUGAGAUUAACCAACAAACUUCUGUACCAAUGACUCGUCUCGCUUCUGCUGACAAACAUGCUAAAAUAGAACAGGAACUACAAAAAGAGAUUCAAGAUGUCACAUCAGAAAUAACACAAAAAUAUAAAACAGUUCUGAAAGAUCACAAACCUGUGAAAGGUGACCACCAUCCCGAAUCAACAGAUGAUCUUAUUGAUCAGUUUGCAGAGAUGUUAGCCCAUAGAGCAGUUCUUAAUGGACAAGUCGCAUUCUUAACAGAAAAACUCAAUAAAAAUAACACCUCUGUUAAUCAACACAAGCCACUAACUAAACAAGAUUCCGGAAUUGAUGAAUUUAACCCUACAUCCCCACCUGGAAAAACUCAAACCUCACAUGCAAGUUCCAGCAGGCAGGUAUUCCAAAAUGCUUUGUUCGAAGAAGUGUCAAUGAAUAAUAAGGUGGCAGAGUAUAUUGAAAAACAUGUAAAAGACAAAAACUCUGAAGGAAUUGUUAAUGACCUGAGAGUGAGAUGGCCAAAUGUGAAUGACUUUGCUAAACAAUUUGUACAUGAGACAAUGUUACAAGCCCAAGUUUCAUAUAUAAUACGAAAAAUUGAAAAUGCUCAUAAAGCCAAACUAACGGUUAUAAAUGAUCAAAAGGAAAGACUACAUAGUACAGUAAUAUCUGAAACAGACCCCAUAGAACAAAUAAAACAAGAUUACGAAGUAGCAUUACUCCAGGAGAGGUUAGACAACACCAGUGCUAUAGACACUUUAGAAUCUGAAAUUCAUAAACUUGAGAGACUUGCCAAUGAGAGAUUCUCUGAAAAUCCCCAAAUAGACCAAGACAUUGAGGAAAAAUAUAGGAGUGAAAUUGAGAUAUUACAAGAAACUAACAAUAGUUUACAUAAACAAUUAGAGUCUAUAAAAGAUGAUAAAAACAACACUGCUGAACAUUAUAAACAAAUCAUCCAUGACUUAGAAUCAAAACUUAGUAGUGUACAAUCUGAACACCAGAGGGAUCUAACUGACAAAAGUCGAAGGUUAAGCCUACUGAAUGUUGCAGAGCAGGAUAAUUAUGAUCUACGGAGCGAACUUGCAAAGUUGCGUGAGAGAUUACAUGAAGAACGUGAACAGCAUAUGCUUGAGCUUGACUCUAGCCGGCAAAUGUCGCAGGAGACAUCAUCAAGGGGAGAUGGGGCUUCCCCAAGCAGAAAUAAGGUCAUAGAGCUUCAGCAAAAACUCAAGGACAUUCAGGAGGCCUAUGAAAAUGAGAUAGAGUCGCAGAAAGUGGUGCAUGAUGAGCAACUGUCCCGCAGUAAAGAAGAAAUCAUGCAUUUAUUGGCUGCCACUGACCUGACAAGUCAAACCAUAGAUGAAGAUGCCAUUAGGAAGAAAUAUGAGAAAGAGAUUGAUAGAUUACAGAGUACUUGUGAGAAAGGCUUGGAGAAUAUGGCUGGGUCACAACGUAGGAUUGUACAACAACUUCGUGAGACGCAACGACGUGAAAUUGAGCUCCUCAGACAGGAAAAAGAUAGUCAGCUGGCAGAGGAGAUCAAAGCCACACAAGCAGCCCUAGAUGCCAUGAAGAAGGCUCACGAAGCAGACUUAGAGAGCGAGAGACUGAGAUUCCAGGAAAAGAUUUCUGACAUGUAUACCAAGACAGAUAUUGAUGCCAUACACCAGCAAUAUGAGAGUGAGAUUGAUCUGAUAAAGACUGAGAUUAAGCUAGUGUCAGAACAGUACUCCAUUAAGUGUAUUGAGAAUGCCUCACUUCAAGAACGUGUUGAAGCCCAAACAAGAACCAUACAGGAGAGUAGGAAGCACAUACAUGAUCUCAUGGCAAGGAAUGAUGAGCUAAACAUUAGACUAAGAGGUGAAUUAGAAGAACUGAAGUCUGCCAAGGAAGAUGGUUCAGGCACUGGGGAUCAGUUCAAAGAUGCAGAGCUGAAUCAACUGAAAGAUGAACUAGCUGCCUUGAGGGACCACCUCAAAGCUACAACCAUGGAGCGUGAUGAUACACUACACCUGUAUGAUAGCCUCAAAAAAGAGAUCGAAGGAAGUGAAAUUAGGGAUGAAGAUGCGGAGGCAGGAGCUGCAUUAGACCGGGUCUCCAUCUCACCUACCAGACAAAGAAACACUAGAGGGAAAAUGCAUAGUCCAGACAGGAGCCCAAGUCCUAAGAGGACCCGAUCAGGAGAUGAGGGAGAUUCCAGUCCUGUCAGAGCCAAUACUUCAAGUCCUACUCUUCAAGAGUCCCCUACUGCCAAACGUAAAGUCUCAAAACUCAAAGAAGAGUCACAAUAAAUGAGUUCAGUUAAGAAAAGGCCACGAAUCCCGCCGUGCUGCUCGUCAUCCAUUUGAUAUCGCCAAAACCAAGAAAUCUGGAUCAAAACUUUAUGCCAUUAGUGGCGUUAAUAUGGCAGAGAGAUUGAAAAACUUUGAAAAUUGAAAGUGUCGGGAGAAUCUGAGAAUAGCCUAAUGUUGCCAAAUAGUAGUAGGAUAACGCUCAUUUUUAUGUCAAAAAUACACAAUUCAAAGAUAUAUAGUAAAUGCUAGAUCCUAGAUUGUAUCAUAGUUUUUAGGUGCAUACACAGAUUGUUCUGUUCUCAAUAGUACUGCAAUUUAACCCAGCUCUUAGCUAGCAAAUGGGCACAAAGGGACAGAUUAAUGUGUGUAACAUAUUUCAAGCCAUGUAAAGUGAGAUUUUGUAUCAAAUAGGUAAUUUGGUAUGUAAUAUGCAAUAUAUUGUUAUUUUAGAUGUAUAAAAUCUAUAUUGUUAAUAAUGUACAUAGUGUAGCAUACAUAUGUAUCUAUAUAUUUAUAUAGUGUAUUAAUAUUAACAUUUAGAUGCCAUCACAUUCAGUGUCAUUGUAUAUUUAUUGUAUGUAUACACAUGAAUCAUUUAAUGUCUGUCUCCAUAAUUCAUGUAUUUUAAUAAGUGAUUGAUACAAAAUGAGUAUUCAAAAAGCAUUAAUUUUUAUCAUAUACAAUCUGCAUAGUUUACCAUGUCAACUCGUAUAAUUUUGAAAUGAUCGGAGAUUAAAACAAGGCAUAUGUCACCACUUGGUUGUAGUUACAAAUGUGUAACUACUGGUUACAGAUCCCUACACCAGUCACAAAAAUGGCAAUAAAAUUAAACAUUUUUGACUGAAAAGCCACCCCUCCACCCAUUGCCUGAUACAUCAUUGUAAUUUCAUUACAAAACAUUCAGCGAUAUUUCAUAUUUUUAUAGUAGAAAAAGUUAUUAGUUUAAGUAAUGUUAGUUAUGAUGCCAGUCUAAUUAUAUUCUUGCCGAUCAUGUUUCAUGCCUAGGAUUGAGUGUAAAGAUAUUGAUAUAGAAUUUCGUAAAUUGAAUGCCAUUAGGUUAUUGUUUCAUUUUGAAGUUCAAAAUGACAUUAUGCACGAGUGAUAUGUGAAUCUAAUCAACACGUAAACUGCUGAAUAAUGACAAAUAUAUCCAUGUAGUGUACAAAAUAUCUGGAUUUUAAUUGGACAGGUCAAUAAACAGGCUUCUUGUUAGUGUAAUUGUACAUUCAUUUCGAAAGCUUAAGUAUCCCAGGUUUAAGAGAGUAACCAAAUUAUAAACAACACAUAUAAGUUUCCUAACAAUGUCUUCUAUGUACUUAAAAAAAAUGUAAUCUCAGAAAAGAUCAAUGGUAUAUUGUCAAUCAAAUUAUAAAGAAAUUAAUAUUACAGAAUUAACCUGUUUGCAAACAAAACAUCAACACCAUGUUGUCAUUGCUUUUCUUUAGCAGUUUAGUACCAAUGAAUAGCUGCAUGUCCACAUCUAUGAUUCGAGGACAAAAAGUUGAAAUAUCUGACUGUAUUAUUAUAAACAAGUUAAGACAAAAAGAUAUUGAAUAUCUUUGAAAUUGAAAAAGCUGGUCUCUAUAUCUGAUAUUACCUUGAACUUUGAGUCUGUUGAUGUUUAAUAUAGGACAUGAUUAAGAAAACCUACCAAGGUAUUCUCCUAAGAAUAGAACAUCUCUGUAAUUUGAGGCACUUCCUGGAACUCUGCCUUGGAAGGUCCUUUUAUAUUGAAUUUAAACAAAGGUGGCGCUAAAGUGUAUUUUAUAGAUAAAUUAAUAAAUGUGCGUUCAUGUAGGUGUAAUGUAUUGAUGAACAUGAUGUUAUCAUCUUCACACUAUCAGAGAGCACCAAUCUGCUAAAAUAAAUAAAUAAUAAUGCAAUAGU